AUGCAUGAAGAAUUAGAUCGUUUGGAGGAAGAAAAGGGCCGUAAUGGAUUUGAUAAUUCUAUUACACAAGCUGAUAGAGGAAAAUUACCUUUUUUAAAUGCUGUUAUUAAUGAAACACAACGUGUUUGUAAUUUACUUCCGUUAAAUCUUACACACAGAACUAUGGCUGAUGCUCAAAUUUUAGGAGGAAAAUUUCAUAUUAAAAAGGGCACAUCAAUUAUUCCACAAAUUUGUUGUGUGUUAUUUGAUGAAAAAGUGAAUGAGUAA